AUGCCGCUCUCCAGCACAACCGAAAUCUGCAUGCUGGUGUGGCCACUCUCGGCCGCCAUGCAGAUCCUGGGUCCGAAGGACUCUAUUGCGUGGGUGGUGGGGUGGAAUUACCGCAGCCUGUACAUCAUCGUGACCUGGUUUCUGCGCAACUGCACGUUACCGGAGGCGAAGGCGGAGUUGCAGCAAAUCCGGUGUGCCCUGCAGAACUACAAGGGGCACAUACCGGAGAUACCGUACAGUAGCCUGAACAUCCUCGGCUGCGUGUGGCCCAACAGCGCCCUCCCCAGCUGUAACUUGUGCUCCGUCGCGGAGGAGGAAGACAUCCGCGGCGCCCGCAAGGGCAGCUAUCUCUGGCUGGAGCUGCUUGAGGGGCCAGUGCUGGCGGAACUUUGGUGCUGUGGCGCGCGCGUGCAGCCCUGUCAGCUGCAUGUCGUGCGGUGCGAUCCGUCUAAGGCGCUUUCCAUUCGCCCCACCAUCUUUUCGGCCACAGCACUCUACGGGGUGUCAGGCGUGCGACAGCUGCAGAGCGGCGUCGCGCCGGUGUGUGCACCAGGAGCGAAUUCGAAUCUGGAGGGUGUUCUUCUCCCGCAGGUCAUGCGCAAAGAGGCAGAGCCGCGCGUACUCAAGCGACACCAGCAGCGCCGACGCCGCACCAGCGUCGUGAACGACUCCAUCACACUGGCCGCCGAAGACAGCUGCUUCUCCGACCGCGACACGGGCGAGCAGUCGAGUGUGCGGGCAGACAAGCGUUGGGGGACGGCCUUCAGUGACAACCUGAGUUUCACCGUUCAGGCCAACAGCUUCGGACAGGAAACGUCCUUCACCACCGAGCGGCAUCGGAACAACUUCGUGCGCGACCGCCUAAUAUUAGCCCAGGAGGAGAGCCUGUCGCUCUCGGAGGGCGACGGCAGCGCGACGGCAGCGCCGAUCGGCGUGACGACGCUCAGUGACUCGGAAAUGGACCAACUAGACAGCAAUGAUCGGAGGUGGAGGGGGCAGUCGGCAUUGCAGUUCGAGAAGCUCCUCGCGCAGAGUACACCGGCCCCAUCGCAGAGCAUUGCCCCGCCGCCGCCGGCGGGUAUGCCGCCUCGCCUCGACUUUACCUCGACCACGGACAGGGCAGAGAUGAGCGUCCUUUUGGCGACGAUGCACGCUGGCCGACAUGUGCGCCGCGUCAUGCAGAAGGAGCAGUUGUUCAACUACGUGAAGGAGGACACCGUCGAGCCGCUGACGGGGGUGCUCAAGUACGCUGUCGACUUCAUCUCCACCUACGUGGUGGGUCUCUUGAAGCUCCUGCGUUUCAGCAAGACAGCAGAGGUGCUGCUCUACCGGACCUCCGAGUUCGCACACUUUUUGUGCGCCGUCAGUUUCUCCAACGACUCCUGCGGCCUCCAUCCGGUGCUGCCGCACCAAGUCUCGUCCUCCGUCAAUCACCGCUAUGUCUGUAUCUUUGGCUACGUCUCGCGCUGCGCAGUGGACCUGGUUCUCGGAGUGCUCGUCUACUUGUGCCUGUCAGCCUGUGGCCCUUCCCUCUAUGCUGCCUCGCAGUACAUGGCGCGCCACUGGCUGUAUGAAGUGCACGCGUCCUACAUGGACUGGUUCGACGGCUACCCGGCUGGGCUAAAGGUAAACGAGGACCUGAACAUGGCCCUCUGCUUCUUCGCCAAGUGCGUGCUGGAAGUGUGGGAUGCGCUGCUGAGAUGGUCUCCUGCCACGCUGCCAAGCCUCGUCUCCUUCCAAGACGCCUCGGUGGCGGUGGAGGGGAACGUGUACAGCACAGUCGCCGGCGUCAGCACGGCGGGGACGUCGUCAACGUGGUUCUCCCCAGCAUCCGAGGAUCACCAGGCGGUGUACGAGUGGGUUAGCAUGGCAUUCCACCUGCGCAUCUUCUGUCUUCUGGGCUGCAGCACCGCCGCUGCCCUCGUCUCUGACGUGACGGGGCUCGUCUCGCUGCACCUGCGCUUCCUUUACCACGCCAUUGCGCUGCCAUACUGCUUCGCCCGCGUUCUGCUGACAAACCUCUUUCGCCAGUUCUACGGCGUCAAGUACAACCCCCUGCGCAAGCGGUACGACAUUUACCAUUUUCAGGUGGAUCAGAUGCUGGCUGGAACAUUUCUCUUCGUCAUCAUCACCUUCCUUUUUCCAACGCUGACCGUGUACUACCUGUACUUUUCCUUUGUGCUGGCGACAAUUUGGUACAUGGAGACGUGCCUCGAGUCUAUUGCCUACCUCUCGUUGCAUGUGCCUAUCCACCCGAUCGUCUACUGGCUGUGUGCGCGGCAUCGUCUCAGUGGCGGGGUGGCGCUCUCGAAUCCUGUCAUCACCAGCGUGCGUCGAUUCCUCGGCUGUGGCAGCCGCCCAGGCCACGACGAGGAGGAGCUCGCCUCACACACGGUUGAGGUGACGGUGGAGGCGCUGCCGCUCCCACUAUCGGCUAUGCUGACUGAUUUCUUCGUUGUCUUGGACAUCAUUAUGACUCGCCUGUGGCCGGCAAAGGUAGUUUCGUUGGUGCUGCGCGGCAAGAUUGAGUACUUACCGAAAAUGACAGACAUUCUCGGGCCCCAUCUUCUGACCAACUGCGUGUCUCCACGGUGCACCCUCUGUACGCCGUCACCGGAGGACAUGACCAAGACCCACAAAUGA